CGAAGCCGGACCUGACAGGAAGCGAGGAUCACCUGGAAGAAGAGAGCCUCUAAUAUUUACUUAUGUUCUUUGACAGUUGUCGGAAAGGCAGCUUCCGGUGUUCACGGCAGCCUGUGAAUGGUCAGUCAGCGGACAGGUGGUGUGACUGCAGGUGAAACGAACUCCAGUCUAAAGCUGGUUGCGCGACACUCACGCUCGGGCUGCGGAUCCACUUGUGUACCAGUUCUCGGAGCUGGCGAUGGACCAAUCACAGACAGACUUCAUCUACUGCUGCGGAGCCGCCACGGAGCUCCUCAGGUUUGGAUCCUUAGACUCCGCGUACAAGGUGCUCUUCCUCAUCAUCCCAGGUAACCCAGGUGUGGUGGGCUUCUACAGAACCUUCAUGCAGACGCUUCACAGCGCGUGUGGUGGUCGGUACCCAGUGUGGGCUGUGAGCCAUGCCGGCCACUGUGCCCCUCCUGCCUCCAUGGACAUGAUCGAAGACGCCUCCGCAGCAGCAGAGCACGACAUGUUUGGUCUGAACGGGCAGAUCGAGCAUAAGCUGGCCUUCAUCAGGAAGCACGUUCCCAGAGAAACCAGCCUGGUCCUGCUCGGACAUUCCAUCGGCUGCUACAUCAUUCUGGAGAUGAUGAAGCGAAAUCCUGAACUCAGCGUUCUGAAGGCGGUCAUGCUGUUUCCUACAAUUGAGCGCAUGGCUCAGACCCCUCAGGGGAAGGUCAUGACCCCUGUGCUGUGUCACAUGCGUUACGUGGCCUACCUGCCCCUCUUCUUGCUGUCGCUGCUGCCUGACACGCUCAAAGUCAGCCUCAUCAAACUGGUGCUGGGCGGUAUCCACUCUCUGGACCUUGCGGUACUCCAGCCCACCCUGGGUCUGCUCAGUGGAGACUGUGCAGCCAAUGCCAUGUACAUGGGAGGGCAGGAAAUGAGGAAAGUUCUGAAAAGAGACAACACAACAAUCAAGAAAAAUCUUGACAAGCUGAUAUUUUAUUACGGAGCUACAGAUCACUGGUGCCCGGUACAGUAUUACCAUGACAUCAAGCAGGAGUUCCCUCACGGAGAUUUCAGACUGUGUGAAAAUGGCUUCCGUCACGCCUUCGUCCUGGACGCCGGACGAGAAGUUGCCGAAAUGGUGUUUGAAUGGCUCCGUGGAGAUUUAAGAACACGAGUUCCCAGUGAGCAAUAAACAUCAUUCAGUGCCUAAACUGCCUGACCGUGGAGGGAAACUGCAGGUUCAUAUAUUUUUAAUAUAAUAACAUCUGUUGGUUUGAAAACUAAAAAGUGUCGUGAAAUCUGGUCUGCGCAUGCAGAACUUUGUGCUUCAGAGAGACGAUCAACCAGCACAAGUAUUCUCAGCCUUCAGAGGCAAACAGGAAGCUGCGGUGCCUCUCCUGUUGCUGUGGAGAGUAAAAUCUUUUUGAAGCCUACAAUAACAUGAACAUCUGCAUCCAUCCAUCCUUCCAUACAUCCAUCUUCCACUUAUCCCAUUGAUGAAGAAGCUGCAGAGAACCCACACAGGCACAGGGAAAUUCUGCAAACUCUUUUUUUAAUGUUAAAUAAUACAAAAAUACACAAUAAUAGGAUUUGUGAUAAUUAUAGCCAACCAAGCGUUUAUGAGCUUUGAAAAAUUACAGUGAAAUUAAAAAGAUGAACACCACAGAAGCAAGUUAAAGUAUUUUUUUUUAAUGUUUGUAAAAUAACUGCUAUGAUAUUAACUGAUGUUUAUCAUUUUAGAAAUGAAUGAGGACUUAACUGUGUUUUUUCAUGAAUUGCUGCAGCAAACCUUGUUGCAGUGUUGUGUUAGUUUUGGACUUUAUACAAUGAAGGGAGAUCUGACACUUCAUGGUUCUCACGAUGCCUCCUGAGUUAAAAAAAAAAAAAAAAGUCUUGGAAAUGCCCCUGAGCAGCAGCUCUGUGAUUGUGACUACUGUAACAAUGAUGGGAAAAGUUUUCAGAAAGACUCAAACCUGUUCUGAGAGAAUCAGUUUGAUCCUGAAGUUGUUUCCAGUGGAAAAUGUGGCUGUGCUAAAGAUGUGCAUCAGCAUUUAAUGAUGAAAGUGAAACUCUGAGUCUGGAUGCUCCCAUUAGGACACUUCCACAGAGACACGAAGCCUUUGAGCUGGAUAAACAUGUUGCACUCAUUUAUGUUUUUAGGGCAUUUAUGGAGCUUUUAGGACAGUGUGUCCAAAAAUCUUAGAUAGUUCAUCCAUUUUCUUUGGCUUAUCCAAUUCAGGAGCCUGUUCCAGCUGUCACAGUGAAAGGCAGAGUACACACUGCACAGCAGCCCCAGAUGGGGAUUUUCUACAGCAUCAGUGGUAAAAUAUUCAGAGUUCAAACUCAGUGAAGAGUUGUGAAUAUCUGCCACGAUGGUGUUUGCAGGAUUGUUAGUGUGAAUUUUGUCAGGUUGUUUCAGACUGAACACAGUGAGGUGUGCGCUCAUCACACUGCAGCUAACUUGACCGUAUCAUGCUGCUGACACAUCGUUUAUAAUGAUGACAUUUUAGCACGUCACAUGUAAUAUUAAUCCCUUAAAGAGCCCCACAGCUGGUCUGGUCUUCCCCACCCAGCCUCUCUUCUAUGAAGAAAAACCUAUUAGCUUUUCUAACUCUGCUGGCUAGGAGGCUAAUUCUACUGAAUUGGAAAUCUCCCCAACCUCCUACCCAUAUGGCUUGGGUGAAGGAAGUCUUUUAUUUUAUUAAAUUAGAAAAGAUUAGGCUCUCUCGGAUGGGCAAUGCAUCAAACUUUGACAAAAUCUGGAAACCCUUUAUGUUGUACUUUGAAAGUGGGAAUUGUAAGAUAACAAUUAUUU